UCCUUUCUCGGUAGACCUUGCACAUAUUCAGUCGAGUUGUCUCAAAAAAAAACAUAUUCAGUCGAGUGCCUGCCGGCCGAGAUCCUGUCUGAAUCUGAUCAUUUCUCCACGCUGCAUGUGGCACUCCGCCGGAUUUUGUUCGCAACCCAAACGGCCGGCCGUCCCUCCGAGCUACGCAUGGCUCGUGCAACCUCGACUCCAACGUCCCCGUGUGCUUCACCCGCACGUAUCCUCUACAUAUAUAGCCUGCAUUUGCCUCUCAGACCACCCGUCAGGUCCCUCCAAGUUCCAACACCUGAGCGGCUGAGCCGAGCCUUGCUGCGUCCGGUUGAGCAUGAGCUACUUCAACCAGCAGCAGCAGGCUCCGGUCACCGCGUACCCACCGCCGCAGGCCAACUACGUGGUGGCGGCGCCUCCGGCGGCGUACUACGCGCCGACUGCGUCACCGCCGCCGCCGCCGGGCUACCCGACCAACUACGACGCGGGCAUGGGUGCCCCGCAGCCAGCGCAGACACAGAGCCGCGGUGACAAGGCCUUCUUGGAAGGAUGCUGUGCAGCCAUCUGCUGCUGUUGCCUCCUCGACAUGUGCUUCUAAGGACACAGAGACCAGAAGUGUAUGAAAUCGUUUGCUGCAGUUAAUUGUAGUGUUUGCUUAUACAUCCAUGUGUUUUAGUCUGGAGUUGUAAGGGAGAGCCAUCUUGUGCCUAGAGAACUGUGUGAUGAUCAAUACCAG